GGGGAGGGGGGUGGGGGGAAUACAGGCACACAAGCUGUGCAUGUGUGUAUGCUGUGGUAAAAGAGAGGUGGAGAAGCUGAAUCUGUCUCUUUAAGAGCUGGUCCUUGGGCAGGUUGUGGUAUUGAGUAGGGAGGUGGAUCCCUGCCUGUCUUUAUUCUGCCUGAUUUUCCCAACAAGCAUUCCUAUCAACAAACCCUGCCUCACUACCAGCUUGCUCCUCUGCCAGUGUGUGUGAAUGUACUUGACUGAGUUGUGUUGGGUUUACCCUCAGAGUUGUUCACUGUGUGUGUGUGUGUGUGUGUGUGUGUGUGUGUGUGUGUGUGUGUGUUUGUGCGUACGCAUCACUUUAUCAUCACCUGAAGACUCCUGCACUUUUCUGAGCCAGCCUUCUCAAGCCAGGUGUGUAACAUCUACAGUAUCACUUGCACUGCAUCAUGAUACAGAGGGUUACUCUGACUUUGCUUCUAUGGGGUAGUUGUGGUUGGCUCAUCUCAAACUGUGAAGGCCAAGACUUGUUUCCACCAACUACUGUCGCAAACUGCUCCUGUAAACUUGGCCAUGGGAAGUGUGCUGAAGAUGGUGACUGCAGAUGUGACCCAGGUUGGGGAGGGCCCUUUUGUGAGGACUGUGUCCGGAUGCCCGGCUGUGUUCACGGCUCCUGUCAUCAGCCAUGGCAGUGCACCUGUUUGGAUGGCUGGACAGGCCGCUUCUGUGACAAAGAUAUUCAUGUGUGUGAAAACGAGAAGCCUUGUAAAAAUGGGGCCACCUGUUUUCUAAAUGAUGCGGGAGAGUACAACUGUUUGUGUCCUGAAGGCUUCCAUGGAAAAAACUGUGAGUUAAAGACCGGGCCAUGCCAUAAAAUCAAGUCCCCCUGUAAGAAUGGUGGCUUAUGUGAGGAUCUAGGUGGAUUUGCACCUGAACUGUCUUGUCGAUGCCUAGCCGGCUUCACAGGACCUCGCUGUGAAACCAACAUGGAUGACUGCUUGAUGCGCCCCUGUGCGAAUGGUGCCACUUGUGUGGAUGGCGUGAACCGCUUUUCAUGCCUGUGCCCUGCUGGGUUCACCGGCCGUUUCUGCACGGUCAACCUAGAUGACUGCGCUAGUCAACCAUGCCUCAAUGGAGGUCGUUGUAUAGACCGCGUCACCAACUUUCACUGCCUGUGUCCUGCUGGAUACAUGGGUCGAACUUGUGAGGUUCCACUUGGGGAAAAGGGUCUCCAAACCCAAGCACCACACAGGGGCACCUUUGGCUGGGGAGGAGGAGGAGGGCUCCCAGAAAUCUCCAAACUACCCCACAUUACUCCAAAUAAGCCACACACCUACACCUCAGGAAACUACUCCCAUGGGGUUACAACCAGUGGGGAUAAGGGCCAUCUGUUGAAAAUUUCUGUAAAGGAGGUAGUGACUCAGAGUGCAGCAUCAGGACUCUCGGAGGAACAUUUUAUAAUCUUGCUGGUAUUAGGAGGCCUGACUCUGGCUGUGGUGGCACUUACAGCUGGCCUGGUGCUACGAGGACACUGGCAGAAUUUCUGUGUCUGCAGUCACUGUAGAGCGCCGACCUCCAAACAGCAUUCAUUCCAGCGAUGUCGCACGCAGCAGCGCCACUUAGCGGCAACUCAGCAGGACUGCAAGAUCAGCUUCCUACACUCAUGUGCUCCACCUGAGCUGGAGAAGAAGAGACUAAACACAGAGGUCAUAUGAAGAUACCCGGAAAAAAGAAUGCUUGACUGCUCAUAAUAAAGAUGGGUCAUGGUUAAUGUUUGGGUCAUGUUUAAUGGGUCAUGUUUCUGUUUAUGACCUUAAUGACCCGGUCACACCAGCUGUCUUUGAAGAGUCGAAUGAGCCGGUUAAAGUGCAGAUAAACUGAAAGAAUAAGAAACAGUCCUUAAGGGAGCAUCAGUGAGAAGCACGCCACAGAAAAAAGAGCACUUGACUAACCAUCGUGGACUAAAUGAUGCCAUGAUGGCGCAUACAGCACUGAAGAAGCAUUAAGACAAAAAUGUGUAGAAAGGACUAUAGGAAUGUUUUAUUAGGACACAGUCUUCAGCAGGACUGCAAUGAAGAAAAGUACUGUACUAUUCCUAUUUUAUACAAAAAAAAAACCUUUUUUCCCCCAUCCUACAUAAACAAAAACAUUUUGCUAUUAAAUCUAAAUCAUUUCGUUUGUUUCAGUGCCCCAAGUGGUCUCAGAUCGAAGAUUCUCAGUGAACACAACAAAUCAUCUCAGACUCUUCUAAAGUGACCCACAGUGUACUGUUUUCGUGUAGUGGUUCAUUUGGUGGUCUAUUUGAUUUGUGCAUUGUGAAAACAAAGUGGUCUCUGUCCACUUCACAUUUUGCUUUUGCAUUUGAGUAUUCGGUCUAAUGUGACUCAAAAAUCGCAUUUGCUACAGGGGGAUAGUGAAGAACUACACAGGAGCUAUUAGUGUAGACUUCUCACAGUCUUCCAAUGUAGAUAUUGUCUAAAUGGAGAUAAUUGCCUUGUAAAUGAUAAUUGAAUAUUUGUGUUGUUUUAUAUAUGUGUAUAAUGUGUUUUUUUGCACAAAUGUUGGAAGAUGUAUUAUGGGUCCAAGCACACUGUGCCUGGAGACUUUUUGUUCUUGUUUUGUGAUGGGGAGCUGUUAGGCCUGGAAACACAAAAUUAGACAGAAAGGUGCAUUACCCCCAAUAUUCAGGCAAGUAAGGGGACCUUGAUCAGUCUCAUAAUGGCCCUAUAGCACAGUGUUUGUUUGUUUGUUUAAUUGCUUUUUGUUUAUUUUGCCCAUACCGUAUUGGAUUUUUUAUUAAUUUGCAUAAUAUGCUAAACUUAUCAUUGCACCUCUAGAUCUCUAGCAAAAAUGUUGACAUUUCCAAACAAUAUGACCACAUAUGGAUGUGGAUAACAGAUGAAGACUUUAAUGGAUUCUCAUUAAACUUGAAAGUCUACAGCAAGUGAUUUUAGGGGAUAUCGUUACAUAUAGGCUGCAUUUGUCAACCAGGGUUACUAUAAUAUUCAAAUAACUGCUUCUCAGCAAUUGCUUUUAGAAGUAGGUUGACGAUUUUCAUGCUGAAUCUUUGUGCUUGUCUCUAAGGUUGUCAGGGAUAAUGUGAUAAAUUUAAAAACAGGAAUGGUGUAAGUCAAAAAUUCAGCUAGCCUUUAACAGGCUUACCAUUCGACAUGCUAAAGUAAUGUCUUCUUUGGAUUUGGAAUAUGUAUCUCUAGAGUCACCAACAGGCAUAAAGUUGAGCUUACAUUUCAAUUGUUAUUUCUGGCCCAUAUUAUUUAAUAUGAUUAUCAUUAUUUAAAACAUCUGGUUAAUUCUGUUCAAAUGACAAGCAGAUUAAGCUGAACAAAAAAUAUCAAACGGAUUCACAAUAUCAAAAUUUGGAGCAAAGAUGCCAAAAAAUAAAGGCCAUGUAUAUGCAGUUCUUACUGUUCUGACAUAAAUCAUGGUAUUAUUUGGCACCACAGCCUGAGGGUGCCCAAAUUGUUUUGUUAUUUGACCACGAUGUGGUCCUAAAAACAUGCAUAUAACUGAACAUAACUUUAUGAAGCAUUUGCCUAAACUCAUGUUUUGUUCCUCCUGAAUGCCUGGAACACAAUGGUUUCAAUGUAUGUAAAAGUUUCCUUGUCACCUUGUUGAAUUAUCUGCCAUUCUGAAUUUGAACAAAGUCAAUCUUUUAUUAUUCUGCAUGCAGAUUUUCACGAAACAUAGCUUGAUGAGAUCCAGAAUGUGCCACACAAACAUACAUAUAUAUGUAUACAUAUAUAUAUAUAUAUAAUUUUGCUUGUGAUUUGAUACCCAAGUCAGCCACAAUGACAUCGAUGACAAUUUCACAUCUCUUUUAUGCGUUGACAUUGUUAUUUGUAAUUCCCUUAAGAGGACUAAAUUCCUUUUGUCAUUUGACAAUUAAGUGGUGCUACAUUUAAAGAAGUGAGAUCAUAUCUCAUGAACAAUUUCUUCUACUGACACCAAGUUGUAUACUUGUCUUUGACACUAUUCCCACUCCCCACAAUAUUGCACAUCAUUUGGCCUAACAGGAAGAGUGAGUCUAUAUUUCUUCAACACUUUUGUGUACUGGCACUGAACUUGAUACUUAUCACUAAACAUUAGACAUGUUCCCUGAUGUGCAGAUAGAUCAAUAGGGGGCACUAUGACAAUAAAUGCAAUGUUGGACUCACUUGGGAAAUAAUACUUGGACCCCAGUGACCAUCACUUGCAGUUAUAUUUUUUAUUAUCUUAGUGUCAUUGCAACUCUUUAGAUAAAUCACUUCAGAAAAACUUGACAAAAUGUGCAGUUCAUCCGUGGAUGUACAGUUAUAUAGGAUCAACUGUAUUUUCAAAUAUAAAUAUAAUUUAUUUCUGUAAAUUAUUGGUGUAAUGUGUACUUGAGUACUGUAUUUGAAUGUGUAUUUUUGAUACUGAGUAGAUACUGAGUUGUAUUAAAAUUGUAGAGAAUGAUGAAGUACUCUUGUAAAAUAUUUAAAGGAUAUACCUGACACCUUUAUGUAAUGCCACAUCAUACAUCAUUUGUCAUACAUCAACUGAUGACAUCAGACUUCAUGGCACUUGCAGGUAAAGCAGAAGAUUUUUGUAAUCCUCAGUAUUUAUGGUCAGAAAGAAAUGUGAUUUAUUUAUAUGAGUUCAUCGGUUCCUUUUUCAUGACACAAAGCAAUAACCAGGUAUUUUGUAGCCAUGGUCUUCUUUUCUUUGUUGCCAUGCUCGGUAACAGCAAACUGGUGGAUUAAAUGUUGAUGGUCCUUAAAUAG